AUGACGACCGACACUCCUGAAACACCAAGACGCGGCGGGAUCACGAAGGAGGAACCUUUAGCUUCCAGCACAGCGGAUGGUGCAGACUUGGGGCUGAAGCAAAGCGUUUCGGAAGAGAGCGUGGAGCCGCGCAUUUGGGGUAAGGUAGGCGCUGUGGAGGAUAGCAUACUACCCAAGGCGAUCAAAGACAAGGCGUACCAGUCAUCAGAGGAAUUUUUCAAGGAUCUCAAAAAGCACGGAUUGCAGGAUUGCAAGUACGGUACAUCGCGUUGGACAUUGACGGAAAGCCUACUGGAAGACGAUUGCCAGUCAAUUUCACAAGGCGGCAGUCAACGCAAUCGAAAAGGCUGCCGACAAAGCCAAAGUUGUGGUAUAUACCGAUAA